GUGCUCCAACUUUUCCCUUGCCAACUUGAUUUGUGGAAAUGGAAUUCCAUGAUCUCCCCCACCAACAUCGUUAGUGGCUUUUCACAUGAGAAGAUAUAGGGUGUGAAAAGAUCUGCAGAAGACAUAUUUCGGGGUGAGCCCUCCACGAACGCUCUCCUACCGCCUUUUUGACUUGAGGGUCAUGAUCAUUACCGCGAAGAUCGCCGGCCAUCUAGAGAAUUCUGCCAUGUCAAACUAUAAAUUUAGUGCUUGCUUUGAGUUCCAAUGAGUGAGCACGGCAUUCACAGAUUCUUGGAGAUGAAGAGUUUCAGGGCAGGCACUCUUCUUCGACUGCUCGUCGUUUUGCUCGGGCUUUCUCGGAUCAUCUGUUCGACUUACGCUGUACCGGUUACAAGAACCGGAAGCCUAGUGCAGGAGGCUCGAGUUCAUCAAGUUGCAAGCAAUUCCAUCUCGAGGCCAGUACGGGGAGGAGUUCUGGGUCUAGAAAGUAUCCGUGGAAGGAUGGAGAUUGAGGUCAACGAUUAUCCGGGAUCGGGGGCCAAUAAUCGCCACACGCCAAAGCCCCAACUUGGGAGAGGAUGCAUCGACUGUUGAGUCAAGAUGUCUUAGCUUGUAGGUUUGGAUGUAGUUCUCGGAUAUAUAGACACAUUGUCGUAUAUCUCAGGGCAAACAUAACCAUGUUCCUUAUUCUCUCUCUCUCUCUCUCUUUCUAUGUUGCUGUAGAAAUUUAUUUUAGCUCUAAGGGGUGGCGUUGGAUUUCUGUUGUUGAGAUAUUGUGUAGAAGUAGGAGAAGGUAUGUCGAGAAAUUUUCCAGUCUUGAUGUCGCAGGACUAAUGACAGGUUCGUUAAUGUCAAUGGGUUUGCUUGUAUAAA